AUGGUUGGCAGGACAGCCGAGGUAUUCAAGGUAUCCCACUUUAAGAGACUUUACGCGGAGAUCAAACUUACAGAUAAGCGCUGUUGGGAUUAUCUUGAGAAGAUCGAUCCUAGGCAUUGGACAAGGUCACACUUUGAGGGCGAGCGGUACAAUCUAAUGAGCUCGAAUAUAGCUGAGUCUCUCAACAAAGCACUAGUUCCUGCGCGCGAUUCCCCGAUAAUGGCGCUAUUUGAGUUCAUCAGACGCAUGAUUAGUCGUUGGUUUGUGAGUAGACAGCGAAAGAUAUCGAAAAUGAGGGGUGAGAUCCCCCCGGCUGUUGACGAGUUGAUGGAGAACAAUCUAGAAGACGCAAGAGCGUACGCUGUGAUGCCUCUGUCUGCUUUUGAAUUUGAGGUAACUCUAAAAACAACCGGCUUCGGGAGUUCUGUUAAUUUGGAAACCAGGUCUUACACAUGUCUUGAAUUCCAGAAAGUUGGAAUACCAUGUCGACAUGCCAUUGCUGCGGCUAUGUUUUGGGACUUGCAGCACUCAGAGUUCGUUGCAGACGCCUAUCUAAAAAAGACAUGGAAUGAAACAACAAAGGGUGUUACACUCCCGGUUCCAGAUCCGCAAGAUCUUUUCAUACCUUCGGAGGUUAGUGACCUUAUCAUGUUACCACCAAAGACGAAGAGACCACCAGGACGUCCACCGACCAAGCGUAAACGUUCUGCAGGAGAAAUACCGGUACGACCUAAUCUCAUCUGA